AUGGGCUCCCGCCAGCAUGUUCGAGAUAUCCAAAAUGGACCCCCGCUGCACUAUGCGAGUGAUAUCAGAGCCUACAAAAAAGAGUAUGCUGAAGCUUUAGAUGCUCAAGAUCCGCUCCGCUCCUUCCGGGACGAGUUCAUCAUUCCGUCUAAGAAGGACCUGAAACGUAAAACAUUGGCGGCAGAAGAGAGCAGCGAAGCAUCAGACCCCAAAUCCAUUUACUUUUGUGGUAAUUCACUGGGUGUUCAACCUCGUAGUACGCAGCGCUAUAUUGAAAAGUACUUGCGAGCCUGGGCAACCAAAGGCGUGACUGGACACUUUGUUCCACAUGAAGAUGAACUACUCCCUCCCUUCGUUGAUGUCGACACAGCUGGCUCCAAGCUUAUGGCGCCUGUUGUGGGUGCUUCGCAGAGCGAAGUGGCUGUGAUGGGUACUCUGACAGCCAACCUGCACUUGCUCAUGGCAAGCUUCUACCGGCCUACUAAAGAGAAGUUCAAGAUCAUUCUGGAGGGCAAGGCCUUUCCCAGCGACCAUUAUGCGGUGGAGUCUCAACUUCGUCAUCACAACUUCGAUCCAAAGGAGGGCAUGGUUCUGAUUGAGCCAGAGAAUCUGGACAAACCUACUCUCAGCACAGAGCAAAUUAUCAAAGUCAUUGAUGAAAAUGCCUCUAGUACGGCACUUGUGCUCCUCUCGGCGGUUCAGUUCUACACUGGGCAGUAUUUCGAUAUCGAACGCAUCACAGCACACGCGCACUCCAAGGACAUUUUGAUCGGCUGGGACUGUGCUCAUGCGGCCGGCAAUGUGGAUCUACGUCUUCACGAUUGGAACGUGGAUUUUGCAGCCUGGUGCAAUUACAAGUAUAUCAACAGCGGACCCGGCGGGAUGGCCGGUCUCUUUGUCCAUGAACGCCAUGGCCGCGUUGAUGAGAAGCAACCCGACAGUGACGAAACAUUCCGUCCUCGUCUCUCAGGCUGGUGGGGCAGUGAUCUUGCAACACGGUUCAACAUGGAGAAUAGGUUCACACCUCAAGUCGGUGCGGCUGGGUUCCAGCUAUCGAAUCCCUCGGUCCUAGACAUCACCGCGGUUGUCGCAUCUCUUGAGAUUUUCAACCGGGCAACCAUGGACGAAAUCCGCAAGAAGUCUGUUAACAUCACAGGAUACCUGGAACAUCUUUUGACGAAGUAUCCUUUGGAUGCACCUGCGGAAAGCAAGCCUUUCACUCUCAUUACACCAUCAAACCCAGCCGAGCGGGGUGCACAGCUCAGUAUACGCCUUCAACCUGGAUUGCUGGAUCGGGUACUACAUAAUUUGGAAGAGCACGGGGUGGUAAUCGAUGAAAGGAAACCCGAUGUGAUUCGAGUUGCACCUGCGCCACUGUACAACACCUAUACGGAAGUUUGGGAGUUCUGUCAAAUCUUCUUGCAGGCGUGUGAAGAGGCCGUCCAGGCACGCUAG